UGUUUUUAGGUAAUAAAUCAUCAUUGAUCAAGAUGUCUUCAGCACCUGAACCCCCAGCCUUUAAAAGUGAAUCGCCCAAAGAGAAAGACUUUAGAAACCCAGGACUCAGAGGGGUCCGCACAACAACCUUAUUUCGAGCUGUGAAUCCAGAGCUUUUCAUUAAACCUAACAAACCGGUAAUGGCUUUUGGAUUGAUAACCCUUUCACUUUGCGUGGCUUAUAUUGGUUAUCUACAUGCAACAGAAGAGAAUAAAAAGGACCUCUAUGAAGCUAUUGAUAGUGAGGGACACAGUUAUAUGAGGAGAAAAACAUCUAAGUGGGAUUAACAGUGCUACAGUUUUAUUAAAGGCUGCAAAAUCUUCAAAUAAAAGACUUUAUGAGCUCAUAGUAUCAUGUUUCUUGUUCUAGAAUAUGUUAAUAAGGAAAGAAGAUAACAGUUGCAACCAGACCACUAUAUAAUUUUGUCUUUCAAAGCUGCAGCCAUUUCAUCUUUUUCCACAGAAAGAGCUUCUCAAUGUUUCUUCUUAUUGAAUUCUCUUAUAAAAGUGCCAUGAGAAUGGAAGUCGUUUUUGUAAAUUAUUAACUUCUCUAUAAUAAAGGUACUCUGUGCUGUUAAAUUU